AUUUAAUUAGAUGUCGGAGCAUUGAACUGUCCGACAGCCGACGAACGCGAUGGCGACGUCGGUACCUGGGCACCGAUGGUACGUAAACGUGGAGGCGUGGGCGCCAACUCCAGAUGAAUGGAAAGCUUUGCUUCAUCGCCUGCCUUCUGACGAACAACAAGCAGUGAUGCGGUAUCGAUUCCCCAAAGAUCAAAAGUUUGCUCUCUGCAGUCGCCUGCUCCAACGAAAGAUCGUCGCAGAUACGUUCCACGUUCCGUUCCCCUCCAUUUCAAUCGUUCGCAACGACCAUGUACGUCGAUCGAUCCCGUGUUCACCGUCGUCUCGAGCGAUUGAUUCUCCAGGGCAAACCGUCAUGGCCUGCAUGUCCUGUUCCUACGUGGAACUACAACGUAUCCCAUCAUGGAGCGAUCUGCGCCAUUGCGUGCCAAUCCGACAGACGAAUUGGCAUCGACGUGGUGCGCGUGGAAUUGCCGAGGGAGGCGUUGGCUACCUUCUUCGAGUGCUUUGACGCCCAGUUUGGUCCUCGGGAAUGGAAAUACAUUCGAGGUGAACCUGGCGACGACCUCGAUCAAAUUCGACGCUUUUACUUGCUGUGGAGUUUGAAGGAAGCGUACACGAAGGCCCUGGGCGUGGGUAUCGUCAUCGACUUGAAGCGCCAACAGUUUGUCAUCGCGCCCGACACAAGUGCCAUUUCGCUCUACGUCGACGGCGUGCAUGCGAGCACUUGGCACUUCAAGAUCACUCCGCUGGACGACUCGCAUUACGUGUCCAUCGCGGCAGAAGGAGCCAUGGUCGAAGAGGUGUCGUGGAAGCGCCUCGAUGCUUCGACUGCCUUUCAGUAGACCACGUUGUAGCAGACUACCUUCCCAUUGCUUCAAUCCGUAGAUUGUGUGUUCUGUAGUGCGCUCAUGGUGGA